AUGUCAGGACCGAAAAUUGCUUGCAUCGGUAUAAUUGGAAAGGCUGAUAACCCUUUGCACAUCUCGCUUUUCCCUCCUUACGUGAAUUCUACUGUUGAAUUCUCGUUCUUAUUGAACGCCUGUCUCGAUAUCUUUGAGAUACGACAGAAGCAAACUUCAGUCGAUCAAGACCUAGGCCUCCUGCACGCCGUCGAUGAAAAACUCGCAGCAUAUGGUUGGCUAACAACUACUGGAGUAAAAUUACUGGUCAUUAUUGAUUUGAUCGGACAACCGGUUCCAAACAGCAUCGAGAAACCAAAAGGAUUUCCGAGGACUGGUUCCAAAGAUCCAGACCUGAAACCAGUUUUCCGAGCCUUGCAGACGGCCUAUAUCCGGCUUUUGCAAAACCCGUUCUAUUCUCCAGAUGAUCAUGUCCCUACAAUUAAAGCUGUUGCACCUGCAUCGAAUUCUUUGCAAAUUACAGACAACAAAUUCAUUGCGGAGGUCAGGCAUAUUGGUGAAACAUGGGCACCAGAUGCGGCUAUACCUUGA